GUGUCAUAUUGGGUUACAGCUUACUGCAAAUUUAAGAAACAACCUUACCGUUGGUUUAGUUGUAAGUAACAGUUUUGUUUGAUCUUCAAAGUGCACCAAGUCAUUGAUUUGUUUCAUGUUUAAGCAAUCUAUGAUGGACCCAUAUAGCUGCUUAGUAUUCUGAUCUUGUUCCCUAAUGUCAGCGAGAAUUUUCCCGAUAGAAAAUUGUAUUUUUUAGAAAUAGAAAUAUAGUUUAAUCUUGUCUCAUAAACAUUCAUUACUCCUUUGCCACUGCAUCGGUCUAGAAUAUCGUAUCCUUAAGUUUUUUUAGACCCUGAGUGCACCCAGUUCUCGCCACUGGUGGUGUUUAGGAUUAAUGCUAUUUUGCUCUAUUUAUCUUUCUUAUAGGUGUGCCAUAUGCCAUAUAAAGGCCCCUUUCUUUGUCUUGUUUAGUGGAUAAUUUCUCCCGCUGUUUUCCGGAGCACUCCCGUUCCCCGCCCCCUUCCUGUGGCGCAACAACAACCUUUCAGUGGCUCAUAACAACAAUCGGAUGUGUGUGAUAGCACGAGCUGAGGCCAAAGACCUUGCGGGUACCAUGAGCGGCAAUAACGUAUUAAUGGCCAAAUAGUCGACAGAGCAUGUUUUUACAUAGCUUGCUUCUUUGAAAGAAAAAGACCCAGUCUAAAGUCAAAGGAAAACGCCGAUUCCAGCUGCUUGUUCGUGUCUUCUGACCUUCUUUCCGCUCGUUUAUUUGCAUUGAAAUAACAAUGCGAUUGGAUUAACCUUACUCCUAAUUGGCCUAUCGAAGGACAAAGUAUUAGAAUAAGAUUGUUGACAAGUAAAUUUAAAUCGGCGAGAAAUCAGGCAUUGGGAAUCGUGACUGGUUUCUGGAUGGUCCCAAGGAUUUAUCUGGUUCAUUGAUCUAUUCCACGGCAGCUAUUUAAAUCAGUUAAAUGCAUACUCACAGAGGAAGAAGAACAAAUUGGUCCUCCCAAGAUGGAGAAAGAGAUUCAAACCAUUAUAAAGGAAGCAGCCAAGGGGAAUCUAAAACCAUGUGAGAUUAAAGAGAUCCUUGGUAUUGGCACACACAAAAUUGUCAAUCAAGGUAUAAGGCUCAAUAAAAGAAUAUUGCUUGGUACAGCAAUGUUGUUUGGACUUAUUGCGUUUUUGAUUCCACAGACAAAAUUUGGUAAAGAUUGGAUAGAAUUCUUGGAAGAUGAGUACUGUCUUGUAGAUCACACAUUAACUUCACUUGAGAUAUCACGCCCACUGAUAAAUUGUAGCAUGUGCAAGGAUUUGCAUCACAUCCCAAAUGUGACAUCAAUAACAAAGAGGGAAUUUCGGCAGAAGUUUGCCUACACUGGCAUACCGCUCCUCAUAACAAAUGCAACAACUAAUUGGACUGCCUUCAAGGUAUUUGAUUUUGGAUUUUUGAAAAAGCUCUACAAUAGCACCAAAGCAGAGGAUUCUGAAGAGCUUAAUGAAGGCUGCCAGUUUUUUCCAUACCGCACAGACUUCACCAGCUUAAGAGAAUUUUUUGCUAUGGAUGAAAAAAGAGCUUCCUUGCUCCAAGACCAAUGGAGUAAUUGCAAUUACAAGGUGAUGAAUAUAAUCCGGAAACAUUAUAACAGACCAGAGUUUAUUCCUGAUGAUUCCGAAUCCAGUUCACUUGAUUGGAUUUUCGUUGGUGGACAUGGAAAGGGAGCGCAAAUGCACAUCGAUUAUGUUGGCAGACCCUCGUGGCAAGCUCAGAUCUCUGGGAAGAAAACGUGGACUUUGGUGCCUCCUCCUGAAUGCGAGGCUGUUUGUCGAUCCCUCGCCAUUACCGUCAAUAAAGGCGAUAUACUUGCAAUCGAUUCAAAUAAGUGGUUUCAUUCCACUUACAUUCACCCUGGAGAGAUAAGCAUUACCAUUGGCUCAGAGUAUGACUGAAUGCAUUUGUCAAAUAACUAAAUGAAGAAUUUUGUAUAAUAUAAAACUGAGUAUAUCAUAAUAUUUUGGGUGGAUUGUUAGUAGCUUUGUGGAUGCUAAAGUCUGUUUAUCAAAAUUAACAAUUAGUGUAGUGAAUAUGCUGCAAUUUCAGCUCUUUAACAUAUCUUCCAUGUACAGGAUAGUUGGCUUAACUAGUUGAGUCUUUUAAAAUUUGCAUGAUUAUUUGGGAAAGUAUUUAUCGUUCACAGAACUAAACUUUAUGGGUAUUUUUUAACUUGGUAAUUUUCAACGACUUUGCAUCAGAAUUGCAAACCAAACUACAACGCUAACAGAAAUUUGGAAACAAAAGCACCCAAUGCAUUCAUAACACCAGUAUUUGUACUUGUAUCCAAAUGUUGCUUUGUACAUUCAUUGAUAGUUUUUUGUCUAGUUUUGCGUUCGUAUUUCAAUCAACUGAAUAAGAAACCCCACAUAAAAACCCAACAAUUGGUUGUUUAAGCUCGUGGGUACUUUUAGGUACUUAUUUAAGUUUUGGCCGUUCACUUCCAGCCUAAUUGCAGAAGACCCUUUUUAAGGGUAAACAAUUUUUUUGGCUUCACAAACGAAAUGUUAGGUAAAGAUGGGAUGUUUAAUUCCUUUUCUCUACAACCUCGUUUUACUCUCCUCCUCGUUCCCAUUCUAAGUGGUUGUGAUACAGGAUGGUGUUUUAAAUGUCUUGAUUUUUAUUUACUUUUGCUAGCGCCUUCCCUUACCUUUAAUUACGUAUCCAAUUUGUUAUCGCUGGUGCUAGGCUAAGGUGAUUAAGUACGGUUUUUUUCUAUCAAUAUUAAAAAGUUAAAACACAAAAGUUUGAUACAUUCUACUGUGUCAUCCAAAGCAGGAAAGGACAGAAGGUCAUCUGGUUCCUACUUUGGCUGACACUUACAAUUUUCAUACUUAAGCAAAGAAAUAGAAUCUAAGGUAGCUUUAUACCUAAUAAGAGAAAACCCUAAAUUUUGAAUAUGGAAUCCAAGUUGGUUUUUAUUAACUACGGUGCUAUGCCGGUAAGGUUAGCAGAAUCAAUCCUUGCCUCGUAUAAGCCUCGUAUUUUAUUCGUACUAAAAAUUUGGUUCGAAGUGUUUUUAGAAGCUCUAUGCUGUAAAGUUAAUAGAUUUAUUGCAAGUAUCAACUUGAAAACUAAAGCAAA